UUUCCCUGCUUGAUGGGGAAUUUGCAGGCCCACGCACACACUCGUGGUAAUGCAUCUGUGGACUUGAAUGGUUUAGGCAUUAGGUGCAGGUUACUGCUGCCACCCCAUAGAUAAGGCAUUAUUUCUACCCAGCUGCGCGCAUUUGUUGGUUCCGUGGGCCUGCGUUGUUGACCUAAAUAGUUACCAAGGCGUACUAGGGGUAACCACCAUGCUAUUUCACAUAGCAAUCGUGUGGGAUAUGACAGUCAGUGAAUGUUGAUAUACUCUAUCUACAGAAAGUUAUACAGACUUAUCACGGGGACCAGAUAAGCAAAUGGUUGAUCGCAUCAUCAGUUGAGGCAAUACUCUGAAUACAGAUGCCACAGACAGCUCAUUCUCCCACUGAUGUGUAUGGACUUCUUUGUUAAUAGGCCAAGGCACACCAUUUCAACAUCUGUCAAGCAUGGGAUGUAUAUCCUCAAAACAAGACACCGGAGAUGUAUUUUAUAACUUCGACGAUGGUGUCACCAUCGGUGUUAAUGAAGGAAAGUAUAUGGACGACCCUCGUGGGUCUUCAUUGAAGUAUUGCUCAGUGGAUUUCAGGGCGUCACAAGUGCCAACAGCAUACAGGGCGCCACGCCCCCGUGUUGGCACAUGUGGUGGAUGUGGUGGGUGUGCAGGUUGUUCUGAAUGUUGCCGGAUGUGGACAGAUAAGGACUUUCCUUAUCCGUCGAACCAUGAAGUCUACUACCUGGACUGGAAGAGACCACACAUUAUCGUUGCUAACCCUGUGCUGUUUGCUGAAGGUCCUGACAAAUCCGACAUCAACCAAGGGAAUUUUGGAACAUGCUGGUUCUUGUCCAUGCUGUCGAAUAUUGCAGAAGAUAGAGAUCUUCUUAAGAAGGUGAUCAGCGAGAGGUCCUACACUCCUAUGACUGAUGGUAUCUUCCACUGUCGGCUGUGGAGACUGGGGAUAUGGGAGGACGUCUACAUCGACGACUUCCUGCCAGUCCAUGACGGUUCCAGGUUCCUGAUGAGUGCUGGCUCUGGUUCCGGCAACAGUGAGAUGUGGGUCUCACUGAUGGAGAAGGCGCUAGCCAAAUUCCACGGGUCCUACAGUGUGCUUGAAGGGGGGUGGCCGAGUGACGCUUAUCUGGCGCUGACUGGGGGUGUGCCCGAGACCAUCCGACUCGGGAACACUUCGUAUAACCCUGAGCUACUUUACCGUAGAGUCCGAACGGCCGUGGAUACGGGAGCCCUUGUGACAUGCGCUAUAUUUAACAAAGUUGCCCCCAAGGGUUUGGUCGGGCAGCACGCCUACUCGCUGAACGGAGCUGAUGUGGUGACGACAUUUGACAAUGCAAGAGUUCCUCUGCUGCGAUUACGAAAUCCACAUGGUCAAAACGAGUGGACGGGACGAUGGAGUGACACGAGUGGCGAGUGGAGGGGCGUGCGGGAAGGCAGAGAUCUCCUGCAAAGAAAAAAUGACGGAGAAUUCUGGAUGAGCCUAGCAGAUUUCACAAAGUAUUUCCAACAGAUUACAAUCUGCUCUCUCACUCCGGACUUCGACAUUGAUGGGAGAUCGGAUCAUCUCAACUACGUGUUGCGGAUAUUUGGAGAGUGGAGAGCAGAUACAUCGACAGGACAAGGACGAACACUAAAGGACAGGUUGAGAAACCCCAGGUUUUCGUUUGCCAUCCCCAAAGAAGGAGAGGAGGUGCCGGUUGUGGUGCACCUCAUACAGGGAGCAGGUCAACAUGAAGCUUACUAUGACAUACGCUGUGAUUUAUUCAAGGUGAUGAGUGACGAUGACAGAAGCGUAGCCGUUACCAAGGUGCAAGACAUGGAAGCGAAGGAACACUACUUCCGGUGGCGACAGUGUACCUUCCGCUACCGGUUGAGGCCAGGGAAUUAUUUUGUGGUCCCGUCCACAUCUCAAUCUGCUACAAGCGAGGAGUUUCUUUUGCGAGUCUUCUCUCCGUGUCCGUUGUAUGACUGCAGGAGCAUACCAAGAGAUAAACUGAUUUUACCCUAUCACAGACGAUGAUGCGGUGUUAUUAUUAGGCACAACAUCCACAACAUCGCUAUGGUAUCAUCAGCUACAUCAACGAUAUCGAUACCUCCGCUGCAAUAUCAGCGGCAUGGCCUUCGUCUUCUUCCACAUCAUUAGAUGCACAUAUUCGACAACGUCAAUGACAUCUCCACCACAUUGUCAGUGACAUCUGUUCAGCAGCAUUUGUGACAUUUCCACUGCAUUACCAGCGACAUCUGUGCAUUGCCAUCAGCGAGAUCAUCAGUCACAUAUUUGAGACAUCAUCAGCGACAUCUCUGUGAAUGCAACUGCCACAUCAUCAACAUCAGUAACAUCACUGCCACAUCAUCAGCUGCAUCUAAUCAACAUCAUCGGUGAGUUCUCCGCUGCGUUACCAGAGACAUCAUCAGUCACAUAUAUGAGAUUCAUCAGCGACAUCGGCCACAUCACCAGCAGAACGGCAAUGGAAACUGUAUUUAAUAUAAACCGUCAAUUUCAUCACCGACGCAAAAAAGCCCAACCUGCAUAUGUUGCCUUGAAUGUUUUACACUACGUUUUUAGAAGGUACGAAACCCGUAGCUACACCUGCACACAUUGCCAGAAUGAAGCCCAAUGCAACCCAAGUUACAGCACAGAACAAACAGGAUAAAGACACUUCAGUCACUUUGUCCCUGCGGGCAUGCCUGUGUCUUGUACGAGUUGAUUGUAUCCAAACAACGUAUAAUAUAUUUCAGAGUGAACGUUUUCUGAAAUUGAAUACAGUGAUAUUUGCAUUGCAGUGAAAAUAACACUUGAUAUGUAUUUCACUGUAGUGAAUAUAACUUUUUGACGGAACUUACAUGUCUUACAUGAGUUACCUCCAACAAAUUAUCUCCCCUUUAUCGGUAGUGUCCGGCCCGUACACAAACUGUUGACUUCCCAUUUAACUUAGUUCCACACAUUAUGACCGAUGGUCGUUGGCUGGUUGAUUGGCUUUUUGUUAAACGCCGCACUCAGCAAUAUUCCAGCUAUAUGACGGCGGUCUUUAAAUAAUCGAGUAUGGACCAGACAAUCCAGUGAUUGAUAUCAUGAGCAUCGAUCCACGAAAUAGGGACCGAUGACAUGCUUCAUCCACGUCAGCGAGUCUGACCACCCGAUCCCGUUAGUCGCCUUUUACGACAAGCAUAAUCGCAUUUUACGGCAAGCAUAGGUAGCUGAAGACUUAUUCCACCCCGGAUUUUAACGGGUAGACAGAUGGUCAACUAUAGAGUUAAUAUCGCUUUUUGUCGUUUGUUAUUCUCUUGAAAAUAUUUCGUAAUGAACUGUUAAUUUAUCAUGUAACUCGCAAGCCGAGACUGUUCUUUCGCAGAGCGCCAUCUCUGUCACAUGACCAGCGUUUAUGCUUCCUACAACGGUCACGUAGAGCUCAAGAAUACUUGAUUUUGAUUUUGCAUAUAAUCAUAUUCAAAUGUAUGAUAAAGCAUUUUAUUGACAUUAAAUACUUUUGUUACUUG